CUCGUCUCUUUCCUGUCAACCGAGCAGAAGCUAAGAUGGCGGGCUUGGCGACCGAGGGGCUGGCGCGGAGGGAAAGCGCUACGACGAGUUUCCAAAGGAAAGUGCCGGAUGGCGGAGGGGGCCGCUUGGCCGUUCUGCCAGGAACCCGGCCGUCGGUGCGACACGGUCAGCUCCUGGUUUCCAGCGGCGUCCCUUCUCUGGACUCUUUUUUAGGUGGAGGUUUGGCAAUUGGAACCCUUCUUCUUGUUGAGGAAGAUGUAUAUGGUGUUUACUCCAAUCUGUUGUUCAAGAAUUUCCUUGCAGAAGGAGUAGUUUGCGGGCAUAAUUUAUUUAUUGCUUCAGAUAAAGAGGAGCCUGGUAUUAUUCUAAAGGUAACCCACAUACCCUUUUCAAAAUUUGGACACUACUUUGAUUUAACUAAAACAAUAGCUCCAGAACUAAUCCAAAAUAUUAAAUGGGAUGGUUUUUUCAUUCCUGAAGAAGGAGGCUUGGAUAUUGAUGAAAAGUCAUGUAAAAAGGCAUGUGCUUACACCAGAUUGCUCCAUUCUAUUCAAAGAGUCAUUUGUCAACAAGGAUACACUUUUCAGAAAAAACAAAGGAAUGUGUUGAGAAUAGGAAUUCAGAGCCUUGGUUCAGUAUUAUGGGGUGAUGAUAUCUGUUGUACUGAAAAUCCAGAAAAUCUGCACAGCCUCACCAGAUUUAUGUAUGCUCUACGUGGCCUCCUGAGAACAUCAUUAUCUGUCUGCAUCAUCACUGUUCCAACUCAUCUGAUCCAGAAUAAAGCAAUUAUGGAACGUGUUACCCACUUGUCGGAUACAGUAAUUGGGCUUGAAUCAUUUAUCGGGUCUGAGAGAGAAACCAAUCCAUUAUACAAGGAUUAUCAUGGUUUGGUUCACAUACACCAGAUUCCUCGACUUAAUAGCUUGAUCUGUGAUGUAUCAAACACAAAGGACCUGGCUUUUAAAUUGAAAAGGAAGCUGUUUGUUAUUGAGCGAUUGCAUUUGCCUCCAGACUUGUCAGACACAGUGAGCCGCACAAGCAAACAGGAUCUGGCAGUCUCCGCCAAAUUGCUGAGCACAGAAUGUAGUGCGAUGGCCAUGGGCAAGAAGCACCUGGACUUCUAGUGAUUUCAACUUAGCAGCUUCACUCCAAUUUAUAUGACACUCUAAUUAUGACUGUUAAUGACUUUCGUAAAUAUUUUUCUUCAUCAUUGUGACCCAGCAGUCCUUCAAAAAAAAAAAAAAAAAAACUAACUUGCAAGCUUUGUAUCUAUCUUUCCAUUCUGUUAUUUUUAUGUUCACAGGUGGGAUGUUUUGACAGUAAACAAAUGCAUUCUGUAUUGCGAGAACAUUUUAAAAAUAAAUUGUCCUUUGGAAAAAUUGAUUUCUAUUGUCAAAAACUGGACUUCAGUUAUAGGUAAAAUUCAAGAUAGUAACUAAGCAAAAGAAUUUUAAAUGCUUACUGGAACUACUGUUUUUGUAAAUCAAUAGUAUAUUAAAUAAAAUAAAGAAUGAUUUUAGGUAAGUUAUUUUGAUAUCAAAAGGGGUAUCUGAAAAAUACUAUUCAAUAAAAUAUGACAAAUUCUUUUAUAUAACUACGUGCAGGUUGUUCUAUACCAGUGUUAUUACCUAUAACUUAGUGAAGCUCUUUUAUGGUAAACUUUCACAUUAAAUAAUAAAUAUAUUAAAAUGCACAAAUGAAAUUUACAAAACAUCAAGACUUUUUAAAAGAAAUUCAAAAUUGUAAAAAUAAACAUAAAGAACUGAUGCCAACCUGAUGAAAUUAUGUCAACAGAGUAAAAUUCAGUCUGACAGCUACAUUAAUAUUAAAAAUCAAGGGGAGUGAAAUGGAGCUUGGAGAACAGAGAAUGUAUAGGGUGCAAUAGAAAAUAAAACCGAACUUUCAUUCUUGUGAGUGUGAUGGAUGUGUUUAUGUGAUGUACAUAUAUGCAUAUUGUUUGUAAGCUGCCCAGGGUUAUGAUACAUAAGAUGGGUAAUUAUAUAAAUUAUAUGCAAAUAUAAAAUAUAGACAUGGGCACCUAUACACAAAUGUAUUACAAACAUAUUCAUAUUUUACAUCCAUGAAAUGGAAAUAUGAACUAUAUAAAUGUGAAAAAAUGUAUUUAUUGGCAAUAAAAUCUGUGUAUUUAUAUAAAACUAAGGUACCAAAUGGAUUGUCUGGUGAAUAUCAGGAAGCAGGGACCAUGCAUAUUCAUUUUAGAUGGUUUUAAGACUAUUGGAAUCUUAUUUUAAAUAAUUUCUCCAUAAUUUCCAUCAUGUUCACUUUGGAUAGUUCAGAUCAUACUUCAGAUUACAAUUUUAUAGAUAUAAAAGCAAUGUGCCUCUCCAAAAAAAAACCCAGUAAAACACCGACUACAAUAAUGUUAAUGUAUUUUUAUUGGAAUGGAAUUAAAGUGUUGGUUAAACGAUUGACUUUAUAAUGUUGUAAAUAAAAUGGUGCGCUUCAACAAUU